AUGAAUUCAUCACAACUCCCACCUCAAUAUCCAAGGCAAGAAGAUGGUGUUGUUCUUACAACUCAUGUUGGUUCAAGUCUUGUGAGACAAAAUAGCUCACCUGCUGGCUUGUUUUCUCAACUCAAUCCUCAAGAUGAUUAUUUCGGGUCGAGAUUAAGGAAUCACGCAAACUUCUCUUCCUCGGGAAUGUUGUCCCGAAUAUCGGAAGUCCCGGACGAGCCAAAAAUCGAAACCAGUGAAAAUUCGUUUUCUUGCUAUGGAUCUUGGAACAAUGAUCAUUCGUAUUACGCUGAAUAUUUCCCGGUUGGGAUCAAGAGGGAGAUUGAUGAUGACGAUGAUCGAGCACCAUCGUUUGCUAAAACAAAUAAUCAGACUGUGGAGCUUAAAAAUAGGCAACAUAUAUUGUCACACAAGUUAAGUUUACCCAAGAGUUCUGCAGCUGAAUUUGGUGUUACGGAGAACUUAUUGCAUCUUCAAGACACGGUUCCUUGUAAAGUUCGCGCCAAGCGCGGUUGUGCCACUCAUCCACGAAGCAUAGCCGAGAGGGUGAGAAGGACAAAAAUCAGUGAAAGAAUGAGAAGAUUGCAAGACCUUGUACCAAACAUGGAUAAGUUGCUUGGGCUUGGGAGAGUGAACCUGGGCCGUCGGCCCGUUUCCUGUCAGUGA